AUGUUUGCAGAGAAGACUGUUCUUGCGCUUGCUAUUCUGUCCCUUUGUGGACUUGGCCAUGCCGAGAGCAACAUUACUUCCGAUACCUACUUCUAUGGAGACUCUCCGCCUGUGUAUCCCUCGCCAAAUGGCACUGGGACUGGUGACUGGGCUACAUCCUACCAAAAGGCGGCAGCCCUAGUUGCCCAGAUGACAUUGGAGGAGAAGAACAACCUCACAUACGGAAUUGAAACAUCAGGUACGGGUUGUGUGGGAGCCAUUGGGGCAAUCUCUCGCCUUGGAUUCCCGGGUUUGUGUCUUCAAGAUGCGGGCAACGGUGUCCGUGAAGCAGAUUUCGUGAAUAGUUAUCCAAGUGGACUCCAUGUUGGUGCUAGUUGGAAUAAGUCUCUCGCGCACGAUCGUGGCUGGUACAUGGGUGGUGAAUUCCGCACCAAGGGUGUUAACAUAGCGCUGGGCCCCGUGGUUGCCCCAAUGGGACGACUGACUACCAACGGGAGAAACUGGGAAGGUGUCGCCAGUGACCCGUAUCUUAGUGGUGUUCUCGCAGCGCAUACUGUGGAUGGUAUGCAAGGGCAGGGUGUCAUUUCAAGUGUUAAGCACUUCAUUGGAUACGAACAAGAGCUGUACCGUAACCCUACCACCAACUCCGAUAACGAGACCGUGGAGUCUAUCUCCAGCAACAUUGAUGAUAAGACGAUGCAUGAAGCAUACCUAUGGCCAUUCCAAGAUGCACUGAAGGCUGGCGCUGGAAACAUUAUGUGUUCUUACAACCGUGUCAACAACUCUUAUGCAUGCCAGAACAGCAAGACCUUGAAUGGAUUGCUUAAGACAGAGCUUGGCUUUGAAGGAUUCGUUGUCACUGACUGGGGUGGCCAGCAUUCAGGUGUCGGUUCUGCUCUGGCUGGUCUUGAUAUGGCCAUGCCAACGGGUGAAACAUACUGGGGUACCCUCUUGAAAGAAGCAGUCAAAAAUGGUAGUGUUCCGCUCUCUCGUCUUGAUGACAUGGCUACAAGAAUUAUUGCAACCUGGUACCAGAUGGGCCAGGAUUCACCGAGCUACCCUGCAUUGGGCGUUGGAAUGCCAACCAACAUUAGCGAGCCUCAUACAAUUGUCAACGCGCUUACCCCCGAAGCUAAGCCGGUCCUUUUUGAGGGUGCAGUGGAAGGACAUGUUCUUGUCAAGAAUGUUAAAAACGCUUUGCCUCUAAAAAAGCCCCAGUUGCUCUCCGUCUUUGGAUGGGAUGCUGUUGCGCCUGUUAGCUACAUUCCUAAUAAUGUCCUUGUGACAGACCCCUGGGAAGAAGGCUAUGAGCCAGUUUUAUUCCAGCUCGACGGAGACGCCGAUAGCACAGACAUCAUCGACGAGCCAUAUGACUACCAAGUUGCUUUCAAUGGUACACUUAGUGUUGGUGGUGGCUCUGGUGCAAAUGCUGGUCCUUAUAUCAGUGCUCCUCUGGAUGCCCUUCAACAACGAGCAUAUGAAGACAACACCGUUAUCAUGUGGGACACUGGAAAGGACCCAAACAAAUUGGGCGUUAUGGAGGCAUCGGAUGCAUGCCUUGUGUUCAUCAAUGCAUUUGCUACUGAGGGCCUGGACCGUUCCGGAACUUACGACAGCUACUCGGACUCCUUAGUCGCCAAAGUAGCAAAUACGUGCCCUAAUACCAUUGUCGUUGUUCACAACGCUGGUACUCGCUUGGUCGAGUCAUUCGCAGAGAACCCCAAUGUCACCGCGAUUGUCUUUGGCCAUCUCCCUGGUCAGGACUCCGGUCGAGCUAUCACAGCUCUGCUCUACGGCGAUGAAAACUUCAGCGGCAAGCUCCCCUACACUGUUGCCAAGAACGAAACCGACUACCCAGCAUACUGGCAUAGCUAUGCAGUCACUCCGUUUGCACUUUUCCCUCAGUCUAACUUCACCGAAGGAGUGCUGCUUGACUACAAGUGGUUUGACGCGAAGAACAUCACGCCUCGAUAUGAAUUUGGAUUCGGUCUCUCUUACACCAACUUUUCAUUCUCAAACCUCCACGUCUCUUCCGUGCAAGAUGGAAUCGCCGCCUACCCUAGUGGUGUGAUUCAGCAAGGAGGUCAAGUGGACCUGUGGGACAGCAUUGUCAAUGUUACCGCUACAGUCCAGAACUCAGGAAGCAAGUCAGGCGCUGAGGUUGCCCAGCUAUACCUUGGUAUUCCCGGUGGACCCGUGAGACAACUUCGUGGAUUUGACAAGGUUCGAAUCCCAGCCGGUCGCUCGACUCAAGUAUCUUUCUCUCUGAACCGACGUGAUCUCAGUACUUGGGAUGUCGCAGCACAGAAAUGGAAGCUCCAGAGCGGGAAUUACAAGGUUUAUGUCGGUUCAUCGAGUCGCAGUCUGCCUUUGAAGACCAUAUUGAAGAUUACUACCGAUUCGAGCUAG